GCGGCGGGCUCCGGGGCGGGGGCUGAGCGGCGAGGCCCCCUCCCCGGGGAGCGGGGCCGGGCUGGCUCCCGGGCGGGCGGCGGCGGCGGCGGCCGGGACGAUGCACCAGAAGCUGCUGCGGAGCGCGCACUACAUCGAGCUGGGCAGCUACCAGUACUGGCCGGUGCUGCUGCCGCGCGGCAUCCGCCUCUACACCUACGAGCAGAUCCCCGUGUCGCUCAAGGACAACCCGUACAUCACGGACGGCUACCGCGCCUACCUGCCCUCGCGCCUCUGCAUCAAGAGUUUGUUUAUUCUAUCUAAUGAGACGGUGAACAUCUGGAGUCACUUGCUGGGCUUUUUCCUCUUCUUCGCGCUGGGAAUACACGACAUGACGUCCGUGUUGCCUUCAGCAAGCGCAACCAGAGAAGACUUUGUGAUUUGUUCCAUCUGCCUCUUCUGCUUCCAGGUAAGGCAUUGCCAGAUACUGUUGUUGGUAGAGAAAAGUCUCCUCGGGCUCGGCCAGCUGCAGUACUGGCGCCAGGUGUACCUGAUGACCGUGCUGGCCAUGAUCCUGGCGGUCUUCUUCGCGCAGAUCCACCCCAGCUACCUCACGCAGCAGUGGCAGCGCCUGCGCUCCGCCAUCUUCUGCUCCGUGUCCGGCUACGGCCUCAUCCCCACCCUGCACUGGGUCUGGCUCAACGGCGGCGUCCGCGCGCCCAUCGUGCAGGACAACUGAACUACCUCGGGUCCAGCCACCAGAUCUGGCACGUC